CACAGAAAUACAGUUGGAAAAGGGAAGAACUGGGACUCCCUGAAGACUCAGGAAUCCCUCCGGGCCCUUAGGCUGUACUUUGAGAGCUGCUGGUCUAUGUCAUUACCCUUACUGUAUCAUUUAGUGUCAUUAUCUCCGGCUUCUCAUUCUUAUUAGAGAGUAAUCUCAUGAUCUGGGGAACACAACUCCCAGCAACUGCAAGGAAUGCUGCUGCCCCACUGCCUAUGGGAAGGAGCUCUUCAGAAGAUUUCUCAUUGCUUCUGUGCUUCGAUGGGGAAACUGCAGAGCAAACUCAAACACAGCACUUACAGAUACAGGCCUGAUGGAAUUAUAGAAGAGAGAACACAAGCUAAAACCUUCCAAGAGUAUAGCCCCGCUCACAUGGAUGCCGUUUUCGUCGUUGCUGCUCUGAACUCAGAACUUUGUGUCUCUGGAGGAAAAGAUAAGAUGGUUGUUGUCUAUGACUGGAAAACUGGAAACGUGGUGAAAAGGUUCAAAGGCCAUGACCGUGAAAUUACCAAGCUGGUCUGCAUCCCCAGAUCAAGCCAGUUCUUCAGCGCCUCUCGAGACAGGAUGGUCUUCAUGUGGGACCUGCAUGGCUCCUCACAGCCCAGACAGCGGCUGGCUGGUCAUGACAUGGUGGUCACCGGCUUGGCCAUGAGUCCAGACUCAUCACAGUUGUGCACUGGCUCUCGGGACAACACCUUGCUCCUGUGGGAUGUAGGAACAGGACAAUGCAUGGAGAAAGCCUGUGUCUCCAGGAACCUGGUCACUCAUCUGUGCUGGGUCCCCAAAGAACCAUAUGUACUGCAGACCUCUGAAGAUAAAACCAUCAGAUUAUGGGACACUCGGGGGCUGCAGGUGGCCCAUAUGUUCCCCCCGAAGCAGCACAUUCAGACCUACUGCGAAGUCAGCGUGGAUGGACACAAGUGUGUUUCUUGUAGCAGCGGCUUUGGAGGUGAAGGCUGUGAAGCCACGUUGUGGGACCUACGGCAGACAAGAACCAGAAUAUGUGAAUAUAAGGGGCACUUCCAGACAGUAGCAUCCUGUGUUUUUCUACCAAAAACAUUGGCCUUGAUGCCUAUGAUUGCUACCUCAUCCCAUGAUUCCAAGGUGAAGAUUUGGAACCAAGACACUGGAGCCUGCCUUUUCACUUUGUCCCUGGAUGGCUCUGGACCCUUGACGUCCCUGGCAGUUGGUGAUGCCACCUCCUUAUUAUGUGCAAGUUUCAACAGAGGAAUUCACUUACUCAGAGUGGACCACAGCAGAGGGCUGGAACUGCAGGAAGUGGCAGCAUUCUGAGGCCCAGGGGCAUUAACUGGACAACACGAAACUGCAGCCUCUCCUUUCUCUAUGUGGCACUGUGUGUUUCUAUGGUGUCUUGUGGGGACCAGAACAUAGUCCUGACAUUCUUUGCCUAGGUUUAUUAGAAGGAAUAUCAGUGUUAGAAGUCAAUUUAAAUUCUUCACUUCAAAAUCAAGUAUAGAGGGCUGGCCAGAUAGCUCAGUGGACUAAAAUGCCUGCUUAGGCAGAGCGCAGC